CCCUAAUGUUAUUCCAUGGAGAAGGAAACUGCAGCUACUAGGAUACAGGCACUAUGGCGAGGACAUCACUGCAGAAACCGUAUUAGGAAUCUCUUUGGGGAAGUCAGACAAGAGUAUGAGGACAUUUACGAGGAAACCGAGGGGAGUCCAAUGCUGCAGUGGAAAGGUCUUGGGGCCAUAAGCAUUCCCUCACCUAUGCCAUAUACGCACCAGCACACAUUACCCCGACAAAAUACAGACAAACAGAAACGCAUGGAGCGUAUAGACCGUCUUAAAGAGCGGCGGGGCGAUUUGAUGUCAGAGGUGGAAUGGGUUAAGCAAGCUAUCCUCUCCCGGCGGAUGUGGUUAAACCAACUUCGUAACGGUCCGCCUCUCCCGAUAUCAUCUUGAGGAUGUGCAAAAGAAUAGUGAAUUCUGUAAAUAGAUUACUUGUAGUAACGCUCUAAUAACAGCCCAAUUUUGUCCCCGCGAUCAAAAGCCACCUUCGCGCGUAAGGCACAGCUCCAGACAUUAGUUACGUCGUAUUUUUAUCGCAUUCGUUCCAUUCCGGGCAUCAUGACAAGCUACACGGAAGAAGCACUCGUUCAAAAACUGGCUCGACUGGUGGAAACACAGGAUAGUAUCACUGUCUUGUCACAAUGGUUGAUGUACCAUCGCAAGCAUGCUGGGGCCAGUGUGCAAACAUGGGCCAGAGAACUCCAUAAAGCUCCAUCCCACCGAAAGCUCAGUUUCCUCUACCUUGCAAACGACGUAGUCCAGAAUAGUCGACGAAAAGGGGAGGAAUUUGUACGAGAAUUUGCCAAAGUGUUUCCGGAAACAGUGCCGCAUGUUUAUCGACACACAGCACCUGAAAUACAGCAAAAAAUCACGCGGAUUCUGGGGAUAUUGGAGGAGCGAAAGAUCUACGGUCCGGACUUUAUAAAAGUUAUCAAGGAUAGACUAGUCAGUAGACCUCCGGCAGCUACCUUUGCGUCCGAAGAUGCUAUGGUUAUUGGCACUCACCUUGAAAACAUCCGAAAAAAUGAGGCAGCUAGACAAAAGCUAGCUGAAAGAGUGCACGAGAUACCAGAACAAUGGCCUAGUGCUGCUGAUGGUAAUAACCCAGAAGUGGCGGCUGCGAUCGAGCAGCUGGAGCGAUACCAGCGGGCAUUGAAAAGUGAUAUCAGCGAACGCAACCAAUUGAUAGAGAAUCUAAACAAAUUGAUCCAAAAGCAAGAGUUGCAUAUUCAGGGCGAUGAGCUUGAACUUGAGCAAUGUCAGCAUAAGAUCAACACUAUUCGCGCGGAACCAACUGCUUCCACUCACCCUCUUCAAGAUCAGGAAGAAGGUGUCCAGAUUGGGCUCAAUGACAUUCAAGUCGACCAUGCACAUGCACUCCCGCAUCAGGACGACAUAACCAGCGAUCCUAUACAGGCUGUGAUCCCGGACUCUGAGGGCCUCCCCAGCGACAUCCUUCAACAGCUUCAGGUCAUGGCAAAAGCUCACCAAGAAGCAACCGGCGCCCCGAUCGAUUCCGUGAUCGACCCUACUACCGGAGGCACAACGGACGCCAUGAUGAAUGAUCCUCCAAUUGCCGAUGGUGUCAUAACCCAUGACAUUGUAACGACGCUGGAAUUUCUGAGGCGUCAGGGAGGGCUUUCGACAAAGUCGUAGAACAUAAAUUUUCUGCACUAGCGCAUUCUCUGCCUUUAGCUGGCCGACAUAAUGAAUUCCCAUGGCUUGCGUUCGAUUUUUUAUAUUCUGCAGCUAUCCGUCUCUUUACAUGUCCGUAAUUCGGCAACUAUUGUAAUUUACAUUUGGGGAAUGGUUCUCUUCUUGUUUAAAUAAUCGUGCAAACUUUAGAUUUUUUGGAUGGAGUGUCUUUCUGGGCCACUGGAGCGACCGUCGCCUCCGGCGAUGAGACAGCGGCAUUGUCUACGGGCUCGGGUUUAGUCGAUUCCGCUUCCGUAGGUGCCACAGCGUCGGUAGUAAGGGAAGGCUUGGCUGGUGUGGACAAAGAUAUCGAGAUUAGAGGCAUGUACGGAAAUCCGCAGUUUCCUUCGGCGAGGGCUUACUUAAAACAGAGAUGAAGUCAUCUAAUUCUGCAAAAGCCUUGUCGAGAUCGUCAUUAACAAUAAUCUUAUCGUAUGCUCCAGUUUCCGCAAAAUCCAUAGCAUCCUUUGCUGUCGCCAGCCGCGUCUGCAAAG